UCCCGCACAGGGAGCGUUUCCUACGGGCGGUGCCCCGCAGUGCUGCUGACUGAUGGUAGUGUUGACUGACAACCUCCGUGUUUGCGCUCCGGCGUGCCUCCUGCCGCGCCGUGCGGGGUGGCGGGCGGCGUCACGGAGCAGGAGCUUUGCGCCCAGGUUACCUCAGGAGCCGCCCGGGGGGUGGCGGGGCCGGUGCGGCCUGCGUGGCGGGAGGGGCCCGGUGGCGGCGGCGCUGCUGCUGCGGAUGGAAAAGAGGUUUUUUGUGCCCCAGCAGCAGUUUGGUGUCAGUCUCACACCGCUUACAGCGCUAGUGCGGUGUCUGAUGCGGGUUUCGGUCUUUCUUGAUACUGAAUGCUUAUGUCUGUACAUGACGGGUAUAAAAACCACCUUAGCGCUCGCUACCAGGGUAAUGGAUUUAUAAUAUAUGCCAGUAGAACAGAUCAUGACUGCAGGUAAUGAAACUUGGGUAGCGUCACAGUUGGGAGAAUGGUGAAAUCCCUCUGGAACACUUUGACUAACGCAACAUACUUUUCUGUUUCCUUAGUUGCAAGUCUGUGGUUUUUAACAGUAGUUUCCAGGUUAUUUUCACUUUUCUUUUUAGACGGCAUAUGUGAAUUAAUCUGAAGCACUGGUAAAAGGUUAUUGUUUGUCUCUGGGAUGUCCUGAGGACCUGGAUAUCUGGUCCCCAAAUCUAUCUUUAAGGACACCAAUAUUGUACAACUCAAAAGAGUUUUUUGUAGAACUGAACAGGAUGAGGUACACCAAGCCUACUAAUCAAAUACAGGUUUCAGAUCAAAAUUUAGGAGUAAAUGGGAUAGCAGCAUCCCAAGAUAUUAAUGUGCUGUGACAAUGGACAGAAUACAAGGAGACUGUGCCAGUCCCAUGCCACCAGGAGAGGCAGAGAGGAGCAGGACUGAAGAGCAAGAUCCAGGACUAAAUGUGUUGGGAAAAGCACAUGAGUUUUUUCAGAUUUGUGAUCUGGAAGGCAAAGGUUUCAUCACUCGUCAAGACAUGCAGAGACUGCAUCCUGAGUUACCUCUUAGUCUGGAAGAGCUUGAAAAAGUUUUUGUUACGUUGGAUGCUGAUGGCAAUGGCUCGCUCACCCUGAAGGAGUUCACCACAGGAUUCAGCCAGUUUCUUUUGGGGCAGAUUGCUUUGAAUAAUGAGAUUAUCCAGCAAUCAGAAAGUGAAACAGCCUGCCCACUCAAAUGUGAAGAGACCAUGAGUGAUGAUGGGGAUGAAGAAUUCCAGUUCUCAAAUCUGAUGGAUCGGCUUGGAGCUAAAAAGGUUUUGGAUGAUGAGAGUGAUGUGAAGCAACUUUGGUUGCAGCUGAGGAAAGAUGAACCUCAUUUACUCUCUAAUUUUGAAGAGUUCCUGGUCAGAAUUUUUUCCCAGCUCCAAGAAGCAGAUAAUGAGAAGAACCAGUUGGAAUGCGCUCUAAAAAAGAAGAUUGCUGCUUAUGAUGAAGAAAUUCAGCAUCUCUAUGAGGAAAUGGAACAGCAAAUCAAAAAGGAGAAAGAGCAGUUUCUCUUGAAAGACACAGAGAGAUUUCAGUCCUACAGUCAAGAGCUGGAGUGCAAGCUCCUGUCAAAAGAACAAGAACUGGAACAAUUGGUUCAAAAACAGAAAAAGUUAGAGCAGCAAUGUACAGAACUUGUCAGUGGCAAAGAAGAAACCAAAGUAGAGAACACCAAGCUGAAGCUGACUAACCAGGAGCUGCUGAGAGACCUGGAGAAAACGUCUCAUGAAUUAAGCCUGGCUCAACAACAGUUACAGGUGCUUCAGGAGGAGGCAUCAAGACUACAUGAGGAGAAAGAAAUGGAAGUGUACCGGGUGACAGAAACCUUACAGAGAGAGAAAUCAGGACUUCUGAAGCAGCUGGAUUUUUUAAGGGAGAGGAACAAACAUCUGAAAGAUGAACGUGACAUAUUUUUACAGAAAUGCAGAACAAGUGUUCCGAAAGCCAGCUGGAAGCAAAGAUCAGGCUCUGUCAUUGGGAAAUACAUAGAGGGCAAGGUGCUGCCUAACAGCCAUUCAUUUGAAGAUGAUGAUGUUUUCAAUAACUCAAAGAGAAGGAAUUCUGCUGGACUGAAUAGAAUUCUCUCUGUGGAGCCUGAUGCUGGAGCCACUGGAGAAAUGUCUAAAGCAUUGCAUCUCCAAAGAAUAAUAUCAAUUGAGGAAGAUCAUCUGCCCCAGCUUCUUGACAGGCUGGUUGAUAACCAGCUGAACAGAUGGACUGGAGAAGAUGAGAAUACUUCUGAGAUGGAAAUGGAUAAGAAAAAUGCAGAACAUUCAAUGGAACACUCACUGUCAUGUUCUAGAGAGCAGCCUGUAGGGAAGGAAACGCUGUCAAAUUUAGCCUUCAAGAAAAGGCAAAUUGGAGAGACAAUAGGACAGUUGGAUACUAAUGUUUGCUCUUACUUGAAGGAAGAGGGAAUAAACUCUGUCCCAGACCGCUUAUUCAAGAUUGUUUUUGUGGGCAAUUCGAGUGUUGGAAAGACUUCAUUCUUAAGGCGAUUUUGUGAAGAUCGUUUUUUCCCAGGCACAGCUGCUACUGUAGGUGUGGAUUACAGUGUGAAAACCGUCAGAGUAGAUAAUACCCAGGUAGCCCUGCAACUGUGGGACACUGCUGGCCAGGAACGGUACCGAAGUAUUACCAAGCAGUUUUUCAGAAAAGCCGAUGGUGUCAUUGUGAUGUAUGAUAUAACAGCAAGAGACACAUUCACAGCUGUCAAGCAGUGGCUGAUAAGCAUCGAGGAGGCAACUGGGGAGAAUGUACCUGUGCUUUUGUUGGGUAAUAAAACUGAUAAUGAAACAGAACGUGAGGUCCCUAUGGGAAUGGGAGAGCUUCUUGCUAAGGAUUACAGUUUAAUUUUCUAUGAAUGCAGUGCAUAUUCUGGGUACAAUACCGAAAAGUCUGUUCUUCACUUAGCUAGGAUUUUAAAGGAACACGAAGAUAAAGUGAAAGAGAAAACCAUUAAACUUCAAUCUGAUACGAAUAAAAAAUCUUGCUGUAUCAGGCCAUAAAAUACUGGGACAUGCUUAGACAAGUCAUACAUUUCUACGACACUACAUGGCACUGUCAGAUUUGCUUUAUCUUCCAAAUAUUUUUGCUAUGUAUUUCUGAGUCUAGGUGUAAGUGAAACUAAAAAUCCUUGUAUGCUCUGAUCUUCUCUUUUACAAAUACUGUCUUUAGUUAAUUGUCAAUGUAUUUGGGGCGGUAACAGUCUGUUUGAUGCCUAACACCACUGAAUCCUGCUUUGUGAUCAGGCUUGUAGAAGCUGCUAUAUUUUUAAUAUAAGAAAUAAUUUUUUAUGAAGAAAACUACUUGAAAUUUGCAGUAAAUUUUUACUGGUGUGGAUGA